AUGUCCUCGUUGGCUCCAGGCAUCUCUCGCUCCUCCAUCGACGACAGCAUCGCAAAAGAUGCGCCUGCAUCUGGUCAGAAACGCCGGCUGCUGCUCGUCUACGUCCACGGCUUUCUAGGCUCUGAGACCAGUUUCCACGAUUUCCCCAGGCACGUCCACGAUGCUGUUCGACUCCUCGUCGACGAGUCGCAUGAUGUCUAUACCAAAGUGUAUCCGCGGUACAAAACUAGAGGGAAUAUGAGUAUUGCCCGGGAUAACUUUAGCCAAUGGCUAUCACCACACGAAGCCCCAGACUUGGAUAUCAUCCUGCUCGGUCACAGUCUGGGAGGGAUCGUGACUGCAGAAGUUGCAUUGCUCGAAGACGACAGCAACGCGUGUAAACAUCGCAUUCUCGGUCUGAUCAACUUUGACGUCCCUUUUCUCGGUCUGCAUCCACGCGUGAUCCCGACUGGCAUUGGGAGUCUGUUUGAAAAGAAGCAGGACGAGAACGAAGACUCUGGGUCGGGUGCAGAUCAAAUAGCACCGCCCGAAGAUGAUCCCCGAUUCGAUCCAUCUUUCGACAAUGACGUCCAUCUCACUCAGUGGAAAGGAUGGGGUGGUGUCCGACAUUUCAUCUCGAAAUAUUCCAACCAUCUGUCACGGUCGAUUCCGCGAUAUGUCCAGUCCUUCUACGACCAUGCGGGAUGUAUGCACAACUAUCCAGAGCUGAUUAAAAGAUACAAAAGACUUGCUCGCCUGGAGGAUCCCGAGAAUCGUGAACAUGAUUCUAUGUAUCGAGUCAGAUUCGUCAACUACUAUACAGCAAGUACAGGGACAUUCAAAAAAGAUUCCAAAAAGGAAUUGGAGGAAACGAACAGCGAUCGGGAUGACGGAGACGAACAAGACGCAACCGAAGAGAAAGAUUUGGAGUUGAAGCCAGAGGAUGCUGCGUUGGAAACAACCAAGUCGGAUUCGACAACUGCCAAAACGGAAUCCAAAUCCGACUCAGACACUGUAAAGACGGAGAAGAGUGAAUCUACAUCCAAUGACGGCAAAAGCCUUCGCAAGUUCUGCUACAUCCCCAAAGACGAUCGCUGGACUCCGAUGUGCAUGGAGAACAUGAACGAAGUCGACGCGCACCAGUCCAUGUUCUUCCCUCGCUUCUCGCACUAUGAAAAGCUGGUCAGCUCGACGGCAGAGCGCAUCGAGCAGUGGAUUCAGGACGACUUGACCAGCCGUUUCAUCGACGAGUACUCUGAGCUAUAG